UGACCCGUAUUUUCCUCUCAGUCCUGCGGGUGGCUCGACAGCAGAGCUCCACUUCACACAUAUGGCCGAGAGACCUCACGUUAAUUUCACCUUCGCGAGACGAGUGCAGCUUUAAACGCGCGCGGCCGUAGACUCAAACGCGCAGGACUCGGCGAAACGCAUCGAAAACGACCUAUUUUAUUAAGUGCGCAGAAGUGCGCGGAGGAACAAGCAGACAAAAAAAAAGCAACACGUAUCCGGUGGGAUUUGAGUCCUGUGAGAGAGCGAGAUUGGAGCGCGAGCGAGAAAGAGGGAAGAGUUUCUUCAAAAGUGGAAACGGGCACGGGGACGGUAUUUUCCUUUUUCACGAGCGAAGACUAAGGAAUUAUGAGGAACGUUUGGAUGAUAUUAACCCUCGGCUUGACAGCCUUUCUUUCCGGGGAAAGGAUAGCAGUCUCUGCGGCUAAAUCCACCUCCUCGACUGAUGACUUAUACCUGGAGGAGGCCGGGUCGGGAGGUUACCCUGAAGAUGAUGACGACUUCACCUCUGGAUCAGGAUCAGGAGUUGGAGAAGUUGUUGAGGAAGCUGUUACAGUAAAAACAUUGUUCAUCGUGCCUAAAGCAGAGCCCACACAGGACUCCACCAAAGACUUCACGCCGAAAGAGGAAACAUCUACGUCGCGCGAUGUCCCAGAAGACACAAAGAAACGAGUCCGGAUACUGGACCCAGUUCCUACCACAGAAGACUCGCGUAGAAAUCCAGUCACAAGCACCACCAGCCUCCCUCGAUCACCCCUGGAUGUCCAGUCGGAAAAUCUCUUCCAGAGGACAGAGGUUUUGGCAGCUGUCAUUGCGGGUGGAGUCAUCGGCUUCCUCUUUGCCAUCUUCCUCAUCCUCCUUUUGGUGUACCGCAUGAGAAAGAAGGACGAAGGCAGCUACGACCUCGGGGAGAGGAAGCCGUCCGGAGCGGCCUAUCAGAAAGCUCCCACCAAGGAGUUUUACGCAUAGACUCACUCAUGUACAACCGAGCUUCACCAACCUGAGGUGAUGGUCUAAUAUCAGUGACUACGACAAACUCGUUCUGCAUAAAAAAAAAAGAAAAAGAAUAACAAAUCAUACGACAUGAUUGAGGAAAAAAAAAAUAACAUUAAGGAAAGCUUUUGCAUAGAGUAUUGUAAUUAAGACCUUUUCUUUCUUCUUUUUUUAUGAAAAAAAAGCAAGCAUUGCUUAUUUUAUGGCAAAUCUCUGUAUUUAAACAUUAUUUCUGUGUAUUUGAAAAGGCUUAAAAGAAAAAAAGAAACACGAUCUGUAAAGGUGAGGAUAUCCGCAUCCGUCUUCUGUCAAGAAGCUGUUUUUAGUCGCUGACUACUUUUUAACUGUAGCAGUAUGUAUUUGUAAAGAAAAUUUUAAAGUGGAAUAAUUGAAUAUAAUUGUUCUGUAUCA